CCCCCGGAAGCCCCCGGGUCUCCCUCCGUGGCUGCCGCCCGCCAUGUUCGCGGAGCUGAACGAGCUGCUGGACGCCUCCCCGCAGCGACCGGAGAGGGGUAAAUUCACACUGCUGCGAGACACCAGAACAGAUGGCAGCUUCCUGGUGCACCAUUUCCUCUCCUUCUACCUCAGAGCUGGCUGUAAGGUUUGCUUUGUGGCCCUGCUCCAGUCCUUCAGUCACUAUAACAUCGUAGCACAGAAGCUGGGAAUCAGUCUGACCGCUGCCAAAGAACGGGGACAGCUUGUCUUCUUGGAAGGCCUCAAGUCUUGCCUUGACCUCUUGUUUGGAGAGGAGGAGGAGCAGUCAGGACACCCCAGUCCUCUCCAGUUUAUAAGUGAGAGCACUUCCAACCUCAAAGCCUUGUUUGACUUCGUCCGGACGUCCCUGACUCCUGCCGACAGCGACUCCUGGAAGGGCCCUGUGCUGCUGGUGGACGACCUCAGCGUCCUGCUCAGCCUGGGCGCCGCGCCGGUGGCGGUGCUGGACUUCAUCCACUACUGCAGAGUCGUGGUGUGCUCCCAACUGAAGGGGAACAUCGUGGUGCUGGUUCACAGCAACGAGGAUUCAGAAGACGAGGAAAAUGAACUGGUUGUAAACUCCCUGUGUCAUCACAGUGACCUCAUCCUGUGGGUAGAGGGGCUGGCAACCGGCUUCUGCAAGGAUGUUCACGGGCAGAUUAAAAUAAUUAGGAGAGUGUCCUUGGAGCUGACAGCAGAGCAGGAUCUUGUCCAGAUCUACCAGUAUAAGAUCCAGGACAAGAACGUCACCUUUUUUGCUCGAGGGCUGUCAGCCGCAGUCCUGUGAUGCUGUGAUACCGCGCAGCGCUGGGAGAGCAGCACGGAGCAAGGCCGGCGAGGCUGGUGGUACCUCUAGACCAGCCGUGCCACCAAACCAGCCUGGCUGCGGCACCAGCGCCUUCCAGGAGCAGCGCAGCAAACUGACCCAGGAGGGAAGCUUAAAUGCGUGUCGAACUGCAUGCCAACAAGGGGAUCGGCCUGCCCAGAGCUUGCUGCGUCCUUUUGUCCUCCCACCCCGUUCCCAACAUAGGGAGGCCAAGGGGAAGAGCAAAAACUUGCAAGAAUGGCCCUUAGAGCGUGUAAAUACAAGCAGGGGAGAUGCCCCGAGGGCUGGGUGUGCCUCACCUUUUCCGGUGCGUUAUGGCACCUCUGGCUGGCAUUUAACGAGAUGACACAGCGGGUGGAGGCAGGGAUGGUCUAGGAACGUGUUGCAAUCCUUACCUUUCUCCCAGCUCUGGCACAGGAGAGAUUUACUCAACUCCCAGCUUGCACACAAUUAAAAAAAAUCUAUAGCUAUA